AUGGUUGUUCGUGCGCCGGCCCCAGCCCUCGUGAGCGCUGGGUGCAGGCCCGCUCAGGAGCGUGUCUGGCCGCAGGUGGACAUCGUGGACAUGUGCGAGUCGAUCCUGGAGCGGCAGCAGCACGGCAGUGAGAGGUCGGCCUGCGGUGUCCUGGAGCAGACGGACAUGGAGGCGGUGGAGGCGCUGGUGUGCAUGAGCUCCUGGGGCCGGCGCGCGCAGAAGGGGGAGCUGCUCAGGGCCAGGCCCCUCACGCCCGCCUCUGACGCCGGGGACGGUGCCGUGUGCGCGGUGGACGCAGAGGCGGUGCCGGAGCCCCCGAGGGACUGCCACUCUCUGGCGACGCUGUGUAUGACUCCUCCUCAGAGCCCAGACCUCACGGAGCCAUCGCCAGGGGUGCUUGUGUCUUCGCAAGUGACUGAGUCCAAAGCGCCCAACCCCUCCGCCCCUGCCGGGCCUGCCCCAGGGCUGGGCAAGGGGGCAGACAGGGGCCUGCCUAGUGUGAAGCCCGAGCCCCCGCUGCCAGCGCCCGGCCCCGCCUGCAGGGCCCUGGUGACGAGUGUCAUCUGCCACACUGCGAGGACUCCCGCUCCUACCCACACCCCCACCUCACAGGCUCAGGAGGACCCGCUGUCAGGCUCCGGAGAGGGAGGAGCACGGCUCGCAGGGCCGGUGAAGGCCUUGCAUGAUGCACGCAGCAUGGACAGCGUGCUCGCUGCCGACGCGCCCCACCAGCCUGGAAGCCUGAGCCCUGCCGACAAAGGCCCGCAGCCAGGGCGGCCCCCUGCGGUGCAGACCUGCUCACCAAAGAAUUAUGAAAAUGACUGGGCAAGAAAAGCCACUCCUCUGGUGUCCGUCCCCGUCCCCAGCGCCCCCGUCCUUUGCCAAAUGAUCCCUGUGACCGGACGAAGCGGCACGCUCCCUGCCUUUCUGAGACCCCCGCCCCCAGUGUCUGCGGGGACUGUCAAGCCCAUCCUGCCCCAGGCUGCGCCGGGGCCCCAGCCUCUGUUCGUGGGCGCCCCUGUGCCUCAGGGAACUGUGAUGCUGCUGCUGCCCCAGGGCACCCUCCCCCAGCCUGCCGCCUGCCCCCCAAGCGCGCUGACUGCUGGGAGCCCCAAGUUACUGCCCCUCGCCCCUGCCCCUGUCUUCAUCGCCUCGGGUCAACAUUGUGCCCCUCAGGUAGACUUUUCCCGAAGGAGGAACUAUGUCUGCAGCUUCCCAGGAUGCCGGAAGACGUACUUCAAAAGCUCCCACCUCAAGGCCCAUCUCCGCACCCACACCGGAGAGAAGCCGUUCGGUUGCAGCUGGGACGGCUGCGAUAAAAAAUUCGCUCGCUCAGACGAACUCUCGCGCCACCGCAGAACCCACACCGGAGAGAAGAAGUUCGUGUGCCCGGUGUGUGACCGGCGCUUCAUGCGCAGCGACCACCUGACCAAGCACGCCCGGCGCCAUGUGACCAAGAAGACCCCCGGCUGGCAGGCUGAGGUGGGCAGACUGAACAGAAUCGCGUCGGCAGAGAAGCCGGGGGGCGCCCUGGCCAGCGCCCCCGCCGCCUCCUGAGAGGCCCGCGGGGAGCUGGGGCGUGGGAGCCGCGGAGGACGGUGACCCCGCAGCGCGGGACCGGGCGGCCGGGAGAGCGGGACGCGGGUCCCCGUGGGCGCGUCGCCCUGUCCUUUGGGUAGGGCCCUGUCAGUGCCUGUGGCGCUUCAGGAGCUGGGGGCAGCCGAAGGAGGGGGGUCGUUGGAGUCACCGCUUUGAGGCAGACGUUGCGGCCAUAAAGUUUACAGAAUCUGGGUUUUUACCACCUUCCUGUUCGGGUUUUGUAGAAAUGAGACAGGGUACUGGUUUUUAUACUGUUUUUUUAUAAAAAUACAUUGUUGGUGCUGAAGUCACCAAUUUCUAGGUUUUACAGUCCUCACUGUUUAAUAACGUUUUUAUAGUAACCUUGCUUCCAUCAGCUUGAUGUAUCACUCAGCCAAAAAGCAGUCACGGGUGUGUCGCCAGACCUUUCCGAGACGAGACUGUUUGAGAAUCAGGACGGGUUGACGCGGGGCCUGUGAAAGAUCGGGUGGGGCUGUGCCGCCCGCGGCGGCCUCCUGUUCCGGAGCAGCAGCCGGCCGGUGACGGGGCCGCGGGGCAGCCUGGGAGCGGGGCUCGUGUGGGGCCCCAGCGCCUGUGUCUUUCAGGGCCAUUUUUCUGCUGAGCGCAAACUUCACGGUGUCCUGCUUGUACCUCAGAUAGUGUAAGCAAAUGGUGAUCGGCCCGGUCAGCUGCCCACGGCCUUCCACUGGCCUUGUCUGUAGUGUCUGGCUAGAGUGACCUGUAGGGGCCACCCCCUUGUCAGCUGCAGGAGCGUUCCCGGCGUCCUGCUUGGGUGGGGUGGGGUGCAGUGUCCGGGACGCCCCUCACUCUCCGCACGCCACGCAUCCCCACUGCCCUGCGUUUGCUUCGCUAGAAGGAAACAGAUCAAAGGAAAAUGGCUGAGAACAGGGUGUGUUGCUGUCUUGCGGGGAGGAGCCCGGGUCCCCGCCUGCACGGGGAGGCCGCAGCAGGCCGCAGCUGCCGCUGUCCGGCGCCACUCAGCGGGCGGCGCGCUUGGGCCGGCCCUGUGCGGUGGGUGCUUAGGACGUGGCUUGGCCUCUGCGGGUUGGCGUUUGUUUACCUUUGUUCAGUUGGUGGUAAGGUGGGAGAUGACUAAGGACAGUUGGCCUUUGUUUGGGUCUUGCAGUCUGACGCACCCUCCCCUGGUCCCAGGCGUGACCAGGUGCCCGUCUGUGUCAGCCGGUUGGCAUGGUCGUCUGCUGGUGGCCACUAGAGGCUUCCCCGUCUGACCGGACAGGCGCGAGAACCCCCGUUCGGCGUAUGCCUUUAGCCUCGCCCCCACGCCCGCCUCUCCGCCACGGUCAGCUGAGCGGUGCUGUGCGUGUCCUGGAAGUGGCCACACAUGGGGGUUACCCAGUCACGCAGAACGGGGGUCCUCACGCCGCGCCUGGGUGCCUAGGGCUGGUCCACAAACGGUUCUGACUUCGGUUUCGUCUCCCGGCUGGGAUCAGAAAUACCGUCUGUCAGCAGCUCGCGUCUGCCUUCUGUUUGUCAGCCGGAGGCUUGCAAGUCGGAAAACGGCUUCACCCACAAACGCCGUUCCGAGCAGAGCCCGUGGGCGCGGCGCUUCCGCGUGGGCUCCCUGUGGGCAGAGCCCCGCCCAGUGCACUUUAUCACCUGAGCAGUUUCGCUUGAUCUCUUUUGACUUUGAGCCUUUGACGUAGCUUUCAGUAAUAAAAUUUUAAAUGUUUCAGAAUUAUGUUUUAUGUCACGGACUUGGGCUUAUUUAAACGAAUAUGCGUGAUGUAACUUUUUUUGUUGAAUCAUAUAAAAACUUGAUUUGCAAACUAGACCUGUGUCCAGUGUCAUUUAGUGGCA